AUGGCUACAAACUACGACUUUCUCUUCGAGACGUCGUUCGAACAAUCAAACAAGGACGCCAAAAGACCCCACGUCACCCUCACCUAUGCCCAAAGUCUCGACGGAAAAAUCGCAGGGCGCCACGGCCAGCAACUGAUCCUCAGUGGCGCGCAGUCCAUGACCGCCACCCAUAUCUUGAGGCUUAGGCACGACGCCAUCCUGGUCGGCAUUGGCACCGUCCUGAACGACGACCCGCGUUUGACAGUCCGCCUGACAAGCGACGAUCUGCCCAAGGGAAGCGGCCCAAUCCGCCACCCACAACCCAUCAUCCUCGACAGCAAAUUACGUUUCCCAUUAACCGCAAAACUACUCCUCCCUACAUCCCCGACAAAACCCUGGAUCUUUACUAGUCCUAUUCACAGCGACUCUCAAAAGAAGGCCAAUCUUGAAGCUUUGGGCGCCAAGGUCUUUUUCUUGGACCUCGAUCUUUCAGGACAUAUCUCGCUGGAAGGACUAUUUUCGACGCUGUGGGAGAACAACAUGCGUUCUGUAAUGGUCGAAGGCGGCGCCAGUGUGAUCUCUUCAUUCCUCAAAUCAGGUCUGGUCGACUCGUUCCUGUUAACCAUCGCCCCUGUCUUUGUCGGCAAGGAUGGUGUCAGUGCUGUCGAAGAUGUAGAGGCGGCUCCAGAGUUUGACGAUAUCUCGUACCAUCCGCUUGGACGAGAUACUAUGAUGGUAGCCAAACCUCGCUACAUAGCCAGGUCAUAG